CGUGACGGGUUCCGUGCCAUCACAGAGUUGUUCAACGCCGCGGAGUUGUGAACAGCGGCCGCAUCACUCAGCAGCGGACGACGCCAAUGACCAUCGGCCACUCACUCGGACACCAACGGGCGCUGCUGGAGGGACACGGUUUGACUUGAGCUGUCCUGUCGGGAGGUUGAUUCUCUCCCGAAUGGAAACACUGGAAGAGCAGACCCACCGCACUGCAAAAGCCCCUCCAUUAAACCAGAUACCGAAAAACUGAUUUCGUAAACCUAUUUGAGGAAGCCGUGGACAAUGGGGAUACAUGUAUUUUCGUCUGAGCUGUAUCCCGCCUCGAGGAGAUAGUUUUAUUUGGGGCUCUGUUUGGGGUCACGGAGUUUGUUUUCGUGACGUUGACAGUCGUAGAACAGGGCGGUGGAGGAUGUCGCAUUUCAAAAAAUUUGGCACAGAUAAUAAGGUUUAAAAAAACACCGUGUUUGAUGUUUGAUGAAAAUAAAAAUGGGGGAUAAGGACCAUUUUACAACCCCCAUGCCCGAUGAAAUCAUCACACGGUGUUUAAAAUUCCGUAGAAGAUGUAGAUUUGAGAUAUUGCCGUACUGAACCACAUGCUUGCCACGUAGGCAACGGGAAUGCGAAAGUCAAAAGACGGUGGAUUGGCGUGAGUGAUCGCAGGUGGCACACACAAUCACACCCAGGCUUCUGACGACUGCACCUGCGGGUCUACGGUCACGUGCGAAUCGACGUGAACAACGUGAAUCGGCAUGGAGAGUAAACUGCGUCCACACAACCACGGCAGCGGCAGCAGCUGAUGCAAAAACUCGGUACACAGAUGGAAAAUGUAAAACUCUCCGAUCAGUAUGCGGAGACUGUGGUCACCACCCACAACUGACCAUGGAAUAUAGAACGACUCGCAAACACGAAGGAGCGAUGAUUCACCACUCCGCUACUUCUGACUCAUCCCAAUGUAAAAUGAUUGCUGUUGCUCUCCAGCGCAGUAGAUACAAGUUGGAUCAUGCCAUGAUACUCCUUUUCUCUGAUUAGUCACGGAUGGUGCCAGCGGGGAUGGUAGGUCUCUCGCUGUACUUCACGGCGCUGUCGACGCGGUGUUCAUGACGUCGAUAUCAACGAUCUAAUAGCCGGCCACGCGAUGCCGUCACUGGUUUGCAAUGCCCCUCGGCACGCUGGGCCCUUGCGGGCCAACGCGUAGCGGCUACCGGCAACGCGUCGUCACGUGGCCAAGAGGUGCUCCCUCGCGAUGGAGGAGUCGGGUGGACUCCGGCAGGGCCGUGACUUCACCAGAGACUCUUUAGGUUGACGCACAAGAGGUCACACGCUUGUGUCGGUUAUUAUUUUACCCAUUAACAACGAUUCCAGCUCGCCGUGUAACACGGCCUGCGUAUUCACACGCACUGCGUAUUCACACGCACGCGCUCGCACGCCCGCUGUUGUGGUCUCAUCUUCCCCAAAGCCUGCUGACACUACUGCUGCGACGCAGCCUGACAGCGGUCGAGUGGAACUCGCGCUCCACAGGCCGCUGUGCCCGCAGCAGAGCGCAUGCCUGCAAUCCUCGGUUGGUGUUGGGCGAAUGGAGAAAGGUUUCACCGUAUAGACUCUCAUAUCUGCUGGUUUGGUGGUGGGGAGCAGGGAAGGGUUCAACCACAGAUAGUGGAGACCGGACAUUCGCUUGGGCAGUUGCUGACCGUGAGCACUGCCCCAUAGUGCAUUAGAGUUACCAUUCUCGUAUAGUUACCAUUCUCUUCUACUCUUGUGUAUGAUAGCAUCUGUUCAGAAGCUAGAUGCCAAUGUCGAGGUCUCAUAAUUAGCACAGCGAGAGGGCUGAGAGUUUUCUGUAGUUACUCGUGUCGUUACCAUCAAAGUGAUGCAUGUGCAGCUAUUGCUAUAUUUGUUGAUGUCAUGGCCUGAGAUGAUGGGGAAUAUUUUUUAUUCGCCAUUUUCUCAUUGUCAUUCCGCCACUGUUUUGGUGAAACAAUGGCCAUUUUCCUAGAAAUGCGGUACUUUUUUGUUAUUCACGUGUGGCCGGCUUUCAUCAGUGCUCGCUAACAGCACCUGCCUCAACAGUCCGUUAAGGCUAUACGGGGGAUAUUUGUUUGUGUGUAAGACAGACGGAACCUGAUUGGUCGGGUCAGUCUGUCGCGAGGGGUGAGUCUGGUGACAUCAGCGUGCAUCCUCGAUUCCCAUUGGCACUGCUCCCCAGGUGCUGGUUGGCAUGCGGGGGAUUUUUCAUGAGCAAAUACUUCUGCUCAUGAAUGGGGCCUCUGAAGAAGAUUCCUUUCAGAACUCGCGCAGAACAGCGUAUCACCCGGCGUGAGAGCAGUCUGCAGAAGGAGACCACAAAAUGGCUUCCAAGAUUCCUUCAAGUGACCUUUAAUUAACACACAAAGUAGGGGGCACACUUAUCUACAUGGCCACCUUUCAGAUAAUUGUCGCAGUUUUAGCGCUUAGAACUGGAAUUUAGUGAAUGUAGGUGAUAAAUCUUUUGGCGUCAUCUGGUCCAACACCAUGUGAGACUAGGCUCUAAGGAAAGCUGUCUCCGGUGUGGACCAAUCAACUUCAAGGACAGUGCAUACAUUAUCAGAGUUAUGUUUUUUGUUUUUAUUAUGACUGCAGGUAUUGUGGUCUAUGCAAACAUGACUCCUCGUAAAAAAAGGUGUCAGUUUUGUUGCCAGAUAAAAGGGUAAAAAAACAGUUAUCGUGAUAAAUCUAGUUACAAAUUUAAUGUAUUAUUGUUCAGUCAUUUGUAUCUGGCCAAUACUCGGCUCUUGCGAACCCAGUUGAAUCGAGGGUGUGGCUGAAACCUGGGAUUGGAACCCAGGAUCUCAGCCGUGCCGGCUCAGUGCUCCAACACGAGCCACCCGCCUCUCCUGACCCCCCACCCAUCCGUGGCACAUGUCGGGCCACGCACGUUGGUAGCUGCCAACGAGCGCAGACGCGUCCCGUCCAGCACCGCGCAGACCCUCGCGCUCACAGCGCAAUGCAGCACCCAUGAAGCUCUGUGGAGAGGCUAUUUCAGGAAUCGUGUUGGCAGUGGUGCGCAAAUCGAGCCUGUGCGUGGCACUGACACUGCUUCAUGACGAGUGUGCGCCCUUGCGCCGAGAUUGUUCCUGGUCUCAUUUGUUGCUUACCCCAGACUGAUGUUGUUUUACUAAUUAUAUGCAUUCGCCCAUUAACUUCAUAAAAGUUUAAAAGCUUUGUUACCUAAUAUCUGCGAAAUGUUACUCCAACCCUAUUUUUAAAAUAAUUACCUCUUGACCUUGACAUUUAAAAUGUCACAGCCACUCUGUACCCUGGGGGAGCUAUGCAUCACUGGACUCGAAUAUUAUUAUUUUUAUUUUUAUCCUUCACGAGCCCAGCCACCAAGGUACAGAGAGAGAGAUCUAAGGGCAGAUUGUGGGACGCUGCCAUCAGGGAAGAUCGUGGAGGUUGCUGCGCUGCCUCACCACUGUGCAGCAGCAGUAGCAGCAGCUGCAGGAUCUAGCGAAGAGUGGAGCGUGGCAUUGUGGUGUUGCUGACUUUGGCCACGAUGACGUCUUGAUCUUAUAACUCGACUGGCAAGAGAACGCGUAAACUUCUUUGCAGUCUGCAUGUCUCUGUGGCUAUAUGAUAGCAGAAUGUUCGUCAGAACAGGGAGCCAAUGGAUUGGUGUCGGUCUCAGGGUUCUGGUUGUGAUGCUCAUUGCGUUAUUUAAUUAUGCAUCUGGAAGGUUUGUAGAGGAGCUCCCGGACCAGGCUGGAGCGCAGUGACUCUGCCACCGAGUAGAUCGGUGAGAGGGCGACAAUUCGCAGCGCAUCAUCCGAGGCGCCCCAGGUCGUUCCUGCAAGUUUAUGGGUAAUGUGAUGAGUGUGUAAUGUGAUCGCAUUACAGUGCUUAAAACACAUUUCUAGCAAUUUAAGUUACACCAUUCCACAACAGUAACUCUGGAAACGCUAAAGAAAGCUUUUACAGUGUAUAAUCACGCUCUAGCACAGCGGUUAUUAACAGCAAGUGGUAAAGUAUUUUUUGCCGACGCUUUAUAAAAAGAGCGGACAAAUAGGUAAAUGUGAUGCAAUAGUAAUUUUCAGCACUUUGUAAAUCCGCUGCUAGAUGAAGGUCUCCUCCCGCCGUGGCGGUUACAAGGGGGGCAUUCGACCAUACUUCACCACACUGGUCGAUGUGGAGGUGGGCGGUGGGGGGUCGGACUGAUUCUGAUAUCGCUCGCCACUGACGUUAGCCGUGGCUGGGAAUUACAUUUUGGUAGCCAGGUUCAUAGCACAGGGCGUUAGCCACGGCGCCACUGCACCCCACCAGUCCCACGCUAAUGCAAUGGAAACGGCGUCACGUAGAUGAUUCUAUUACAGCUGCCAUGCCACGUGGGCGCAGGUUUCGCAUACAGAGCCACUGCAGUUCGAUUUGUGUUGUUUGCAUAUUGAAUUAAACACAAGUCAAUGGGUGAUUCCAUGCCGAGUGACGGGCGAAUGAAACGCAGUCUCGUGUGCGUGUUCACACCACAGGCAGACCGCGCAGUGACGGCGGGACCUCUUAUCAAGCACUUCGUCUCGGGGGGGGGGGGGGGGCAGAAAUGUGAUGUGAAAUACACUGCUGAUUCUGAUGUAAUAAUGCCAGUAAUAUAACAAUGCCAAUUAUUUAUUCAGGAAGGCCUCACUGCGGCCCCAAGACUCCAUCAUUGAGAUGUUUGGCCGGUACCAUUCAUGAAGCGUUUGGCUCCUUGUGGCAGGAACCCAGAGAAACCCCAGGCAGGCCCAGGCUCUUGAGGGGCCACGCUCGGUGCUGCCACCUAGUGGCAGCCUCCUCGCCUACAACGCCCAGCCAGCCCUGGCGGAGGUGUCUCAUCCUCGUACUAACCCGACUCAAGUCUGCUUAGCUUUCGAGAUCUGAUGAGGUUAGGUGGUAAUCUUCUCGUAGGUGUAAUCUCUAUUCCGUUAGGAUCUAUGCCCCAGCUGUGUUCCGCCACAGUUUAAUCUGGAUAUCCUAACACCUGUUUUAUUGCCAGACAGGGUAAAACAUGUUUUUUUUUCAUCAACUAAAUCUGAGUCUGCAAAAUGACUCAACUGUGAUGGAAUUUAGAACUGAUAGUUAAACCUACUGUCUUCUCUAUUAACAGUAAAAACACAUUUAUGGAUUAGAAAACACACCAAUAAAUGUAAUUGCCCAUGGUUAAACCUUAGUACCAAUGGACUUCAGCAGUGCCCUAUUCCUGGCAUCUGGCCUUUCAAAAUUACUCUAUAUGGUAUAAAACUGUUAAUAACAUGCACUUUAUAAACUUUAUACUGAACAGGUGAUUGUUUUUAUCCCUGUAUUUCUUUCACGAGUGCGCCCCGAAUUACAGACUUCUGCUGGGCCCCCGCUCCGGGUACCCCGGUGCCUUGCGUAGCACCGAGGCCGUUUGAAAUUCGCAUCAUUAGCAAUUUCACACUUGAGCAAACAAACCCGAAACAUUUCUAAGGGUAACAAAUGUACAGGUUAACCUGGCGGGCCGCACCCUUGGAUGUUGCGUGGCCUGGCCGAGUACGAUGUCCUCUGUGUACAGUACACGAUGAACUCCUUGACCCUUAGUUGUGUGUGCGAGGUCACGCCACUGCCUUAGACUCCCUUGGGCUCGUACUGACCAACUCACACCGCAGCUCCCUCGGGCAACACCGACAAGAAACCGCUCCGCAAGAAUCACCUCCACCACUUCGUGUCGAGCGAGUUGUGAACAAGAUUCCUCGGCAGAUUAUGAGGCUUGGCAGGACGCCUCGUGUGCGCCGGCGGGAUUCUGAAGGUAAUAUCGCCGCUGCUCACAAAGUAAAUCAUAUUCUACUCGUGUGCAUGACUGCAGCGGCAGCAGCAGCAGCAGCAAACAGUUCAGAAGCUCGAUGCCAAUGUGGAGGUCUGCUGCUGGCCACGACGAGAGGGCUUCAGCAGAAAGAGAGUUCGUGUCGCUGUUCCUCCGCUGAAGGAGUGCAAGCUGCACACACCACACACGAACCCGUGUGUGGUCACUCCUGCAGUGAAGUGGAACGGCGAAUUCCCGACCUGGGAGAAUGGCACCGCAUCAACUAAUGCGGCACACUCAGUCAUGGAAACAUUAAAACGAAAUUAAACAGGAAAGUAAAUACAUAAAAAAUAUGUAAAUGCUAUUUUGUAAAACCUUUAUUUCUACCGCUGCCCAGCUCCGCGCUAGUUAACUAUUGCAAUUUAAAUCACCCUAAUGCUCCGUCCCGCAUCAGUGGCCCAGUUGGUUUGCCCCAGCGGCACGGCUCCUGGGGCGCUUUCCCCUGGUAGGCGUGGACUCUGUCCACGGCGUUGGGGGGGGGGGGACCUGGGGACUGUGUGAGGCCACACUGCGCAUGCAGGUGGUGACAGAGGCAGGUGGUGACAGAGGCAGGUGGUGACAGAGGCUGCUGCGCUCACCGCUUCUGUCCACAGAGGUGAGGAUACUCUCUGCGUGCGGCGCUGUUCCAUUGCGGUUCACAGUGGAGUACUGGGUAAUGAUCAAUGUGUUCACACUGCCAACGUACAACUCUGUUGGGACUUAAUGGUUUUCACGUAACCAUCAUAUGAUGCUGAUGUAAAGCAACGGCUGUCAUUUUACAUUGAGGUGGUUGAUGAGCCAGACGAUUGCGUCAGGAGUAGUGGAGUGGUGCGUCGCUGCUGUGAUGAUGCCUCCUUUGUGGUUCGGGCACUGAGUUAUUAGACGCUCUGCGGUUCUGUUCUGGGUGGCGACCACAGUCAUCCCACACUGCCCUGAGAAUUUUUAAUGUUCCUAUUUGUGCCUCAAGCUGAUGCGGUUCAGGGGUUGUGGCCCAGAAGCUUUGUGGAAAAUCAAAGUCAGGGACCUGCGUCAUUGGGUCUUUGACAAGGAACAGGUGUUUGUGACUUCUUGUGAACUCCAUUCAGCUUUUCAAGAUUUCGUCAUUAUCGCCAGGGCUAAAGUUGCACUGUUGAAGGUGAAGUGCAUGGGUCCAAAAGGGGUUGUGUGGCUUAAAGCGGUGGUGGUGAGGGAGAUUCUUUAGAUUCUGGGAUUAUCAUCUUUUGUUAUUGAUGCCCUUAUUUUGCAAUCGUGCAAGGGUCCCCUGACUGUCCGUUGUGGACUGUUAUCUCCGUCACAAUUGACACGAUGGGCCACGUAGUAAACCACUGCAGGAUGCGCUCCUUCAACGGAAAAGGAGUUGCAAAUCAACACAAAAUCUCUCUGCUGGAGCCCUCUUGCCGUGACUGGCAGACGUUGGCAUUUAGUUCUUGAACGUGUUUUUGCCAUCACGCGCAAGAAUAGAAUAGAAUCCGUCUCUCGGUGUAAUUCCCUGCUUGGCAGAACCGCUGAUGGAACAGCCAGAGGAGGGGAGGGGGGCGGGGGCGGUGGUGUCCAUGCCCUGUAGGCGAAGCGCAUUGAUUGAGAAUCCCAAACUGGUGAAGCAACUGCUGAGAGUUCAGUGUAUCAGUGUAUCCGGGCUCUGAACAUCUCAAAUCUUAAAUUUUCUUGGGAAAAUAUUUUAUUUUAUCCUUAAUGAUGUUCAUUGGUGCAAUUGCACGUUUACAAUGUAUGUAUUUAGCUUGUGUCUGCAUGCGCGGAGCCAGGCAGCAGCAGCAGCUUCAUCGUGUUGCAGGUCGCGGCAUGGCCCCACGUCGCCGCCCGGCUUCCUUGUUGUGCGCGGUCCCACGGCGAUGCUCGUCGCCAUCUUGGUCCUGUGCCUGGCACCGCCGGGGCUCCAGGAAGCGCCGCUGCAGCGAUGGGGAAGGAUAAAGGCCGCUACACCGUCACCCCCUCCUCGGAGCAGCACACCAACGGGGGGGGGGGGGUCGCCGGCGAGGCGACGGGGCCCACGAACGGCGACGUCCCCGCCCAGGAGCCCCAGGACUCGAUGCAGCUGAAGAAGGAGAUCUCGCUCGUCAGCGGCGUGUGCCUCAUCGUGGGGAACAUGAUCGGCUCGGGAAUCUUCGUCUCGCCCAAGGGGGUCUUGAUGUACAGCGCCUCCUACGGCCUGUCGCUCGUCGUCUGGGCGCUGGGCGGCAUCUUCUCCGUAUUCGGGGCCCUGUGCUACGCCGAGCUGGGCACCACCAUCACCAAGUCGGGGGCCAGUUACGCCUACAUCCUGGAGGCCUUCGGCAAGUUCCCGGCCUUCAUCCGCCUGUGGACGUCCCUGCUGAUCAUUGAACCCACGAGCCAGGCCGUCAUCGCCAUCACGUUCGCCAACUACCUGGUGCAGCCGAUCUUCUCCACUUGCGAGCCGCCGUACGCCGCCUCCAGGCUCAUCGCCGCCGCCUGCAUCUGCCUGCUGACGUUUGUGAACUGUGCGUACGUGAAGCAUGGCAUCCGCGUGCAGGACCUCUCCACCUACGCCAAGGUCAUCGCGCUCAUCGCCGUCAUCAUCGCCGGCAUCGUCUUUCUCUGCAAAGGAAAGACAGAAAACCUGGAGUCGUCAUUCGAAGGCUCGAACUGGGACGUGGGGAACAUGGCCCUGGCGCUCUACUCGGCGCUCUUCUCCUACUCGGGCUGGGACACGCUCAACUUCGUCACGGAGGAGAUCAAAAACCCGGAGCGGAAUCUCCCUCUCUCCAUCGGCAUCUCCAUGCCCGUCGUCACCGUCAUCUACAUCCUCACGAACGUGGCCUACUACACCGUGCUGGACCAGACAGCCAUCCUGAACAGCGAUGCUGUAGCCGUGACGUUCGCGGACCAGGUGUUCGGCAUCUUCAACUGGACCAUCCCACUGGCCGUGGCACUCUCUUGCUUCGGGGGGCUCAACGCCUCGAUCCUCGCCGCCUCCAGGCUGUUCUUCGUGGGCUCGCGCGAAGGACACUUGCCGGACGCCAUCUGCCUGAUCCACAUGGAGCGCUACACGCCCGUGCCCGCCCUGCUCUUCAACGGCAUGAUGUCUCUGAUCUACCUGUGCGUGGAGGAUAUCUAUCAGCUCAUCAACUACUACAGCUUCAGCUACUGGUUCUUCGUGGGGCUCUCGAUAGCCGGGCAGUUGUACCUGCGGUGGAAGGAGCCCAAUCGACACCGGCCGCUGAAGCUGAGCAUCAUAUUCCCCAUCGUGUUCUGCUGCUGCACCGUGUUCCUCGUCGUACUCCCGCUCUACAGCGACACCGUCAACUCCCUGGUGGGCAUCGCGAUCGCCCUCACCGGCGUGCCCGUCUACUUCGUCACGAUCCACCUGUCAGAGGAGAAACGGCCCAAGAUCCUCCGCAAGAUCACCGAUUUUAUCAUGAGAUACACGCAGCUCAUAUGCAACUGUUGUCUCACGGAGCUUGACAAAGAGGCCGACAAGGAGUCUGAGCCCAAGUCGAGUUGAAGCUUCCCACGAGAGCGACCUCCGGACGCUCUGCCCUUCCUGCUCAUCGGGCUCCCGGGAGAGGCCGUGCCAGCGGUGUGCACUGAGGAUCCAUUACAGCGCAGGCAGCCCCGGAGUUGAGGCACAGUCGUCACAUUGUGCGAAUCCCGAAGCAGACUUUGACAGUCUCUAAUAACUGAAAUGAUACCAUCAGCUGUGGCUGUCACGAUUACAUUGUAUUCUUGUUAUAUUUGAGACAGUUUCGUUGUUGAUUUUUUUUAUGGUAAUUAUUAUUUUUAUAUUUGGGUGAAACUACUGAAUUUGAUUGCACAUUACUAUUAACUCUGCUGAAUGGGUACUUUGCUAACAUUAUUUACGUUAAUUGUUGGCUGGUUAGGGGGGUCUAAUGCCUCGCGAGAACACUGGGCUCCUGCCGUCAAAUAUGGGUUUUGACCUCCAGGUCAUUCCGGUCCUCAGGUCUACUGAGCAGUCUGGUAGGCAGUGGACUGAAAGAUCAACCCAUCUUAUUAAACUUUUGCUAUUUCUCUGAAUCCACCUAAUUCCAGCACUGAGGUUUACGGUGUGGGUGUGAGUGACACGUGACGAACACUUCCUGUAGAGAGUGCGCGCCCGAGUGUGGAUUACAAGGCCUGCACAAGUGACACUUUAAGGGACAUCGACACAGGGUGGUGUACUACUGGCUGCAGCGAUUCCUCGUGAGAAUGUCUCUGUCUCUCACUUGACGCUGGAAUAUAUGCGGAGCGUGAGAGAAUAAACAAACCUCACUGGACUUGAGAUCGUAAUGCGAGCACUACAGUUGGCCCUUUUAGCGUUGCCACACAAAUCUAAAUAAUGGCGGCAACGAACGUUGGGGAUCCUUUCCCGGUCAGAAACGCGACGUUUGUGCCAUAACAGUUCCUGAACCCCUCCUGGAAGUGCCUUAUAAUCCAGACAAGAUACAACACACUUCUGAAUAGGUUCGUUUUUAAGCAAUGUCCAUUUGAUAUUUUCAUAAACGAUCUUUGUUGCUGGCAUGAGACAUUGGACUAGUAGCGGCAUGCCGUAUGGCGAACGUGCAAUGAUAAACCCUGACCUUGAUUGUGGCUGUGGUGGAUUGUGAUUGUUUGCGACCACGUUCCGUCAGUUGUAUUAGUCUCCUCGCAUUUCAACUCAUUGUCCAUUCAAAUAAAAAUAGUUUUCAUGUAAGCUUUAUCCUUUAGACACCACAGUCUAUUUCCACGGCUAGUUUUGAAUGCAUAGUUGUUUCACACAAUAAUAAAUUAAUAUAUAUGUGUGUGCUAUUGAAUAUAUGCAUCGUAUAUAGGUAUCGUGAAGGUAAAUUAGCCCAUGUGGCCACGUUCAAUGUGGGCUGCCACCCCCGCUCCAGCCGGCAAAACUUUUUGCAAAUGUUACGAAGCUGGUGUUGUUGUCUCAAAUUGAUUCGAACUUGGUUUUAUUUUGCACUUUUUAUUAAUUUUCUUGACUUGUUAAUAAAAGUACACAAACCCUU